AUGGGGAGUGACUCUGGAGAUGAAACGGCAUCUUACUCCCAGGUAGAUGAUGGGGUUGUACAGAAUAAUGUGAUUCAUGUUGACCAAAAUGCUGGUGAUGAUACUCAAAAAACAGAGGAAUGCUGCAGAGACAUGUGCAUAUCAAGCAACAACGACAAAAUAGAAAUCCAAUCGGAGGUGAAACAUGAACGUCGUUAUCUGAAAUCAGGUGAUUUACAUAAGGAAAACAAAUGUAUUAUGGAGAUCAGUGAAGACGUUGAGAGGAAGGCUUUGCAAGCUAAAUUGGACAAAAUGGUUAAGGACUUGGAGGAGGUCAGAUUACUCAAUAGCCACUUUCAAGAGGAUCGGCUAUUACAGUUGUCUCACCAGAAACAGACUGAAAUAGUCUGUGAACAGGUUGAGAAGGAGACAGCAAACAGAAUUCUUCAUUUACAGGAAGAGGUUGCUGCCCUUCAGUUUGAACUUGAUGAGAGAUUACACUGCAUGAUUCAGGAAAAUAAGGUACUGAAAAACACCAUUGCAGCUAAAGAGGAUGAGAUAAGGUCACUGAGUGUGGAGUGGGAAAAGGCAACCUUUGAACUAACAAGAUUCCUCCUAGAUGGUUCUAGAUCCCUCAAAAAUGCCUCCAGCCAAAUAGAAAGUAUUGGUUGUUCAUUUCCUCAAGCUAAUGUUUGUAUUAGUGAAGAUGUCCAGAGGGCUGCCAAAGUUUGCAUGGAAAAGGAAGAAACAAUUGAACUAAUACAAAAGAGUUUGGAAGACGCUCAAAAGAUGGUAACAGAAAUGGGACAGAAGUUAAGUUCCUUGAAGGGAGCAGCAAUUGCUUUAAGUGAACUCCAAUAUCUGGAUAAUGAUGAAACCAAAGAGGAAACUUCCUUCUGCAUGCGGUUGGAUGAGCAGACCAACAUGGUAGAGAUGCUAGAGAGGAAACUUAUAUUCAAGGAAAUUCAGGUCAAAGAAGCAGAAAAUUGUGCCAAUGCUGCAUUCCUUGUAAUAAAAGGUGACAGACAAAACAGAGAGAAACAUUCCCAUCUCAAUACUAGGUUAGGAAUAUUGGAGUCUGAGAAUGCUAUCGAAGCAUUUUAUGCACAUACAGAAAUGCAUAUAGUGGCCCUUGAGACCAACAUCACCGAAGUUUCUGAUGAAUACAAGGAGUUGGUUCAAAACUUGUUGAGUCGCUUUCAUUAG